GAGUGAAGAUAGAGAAGGACGAGGCACAGCAAGCAACAGGUGUUUUCUGGUGUAAUGAGUCAGCACUGAACUGAUAAAAGAGACAUCUUUUUUCUUUUAACUUGCAAAUGCAAAUGCAACAGCAGAUUCAGACAGUCAGCACACAGAACAGAAGAAGAGGAAGGGGGACUAGAACACCGUACAUGGUGUUCUCUCUCUCUUCCCACUGCUUGCCACGUGUUCUCCUCUCACAACGUGUUGUCAUGUUUUAGAAACCAAACAAAUAAAAACUUGUUUUCUUUCUCUUUCUUGGAUUUUAAACCGAUUUUCUUUCAGUGUUUCCUCUGUCUCAGCCUCUCUCUCUGCUUCUUCAUCUGGGAGAAGGAGAAGAAGAAGAAGAAGAAGAGAGAAGAAGCUUGCAGUUUCUGUUUUAAUAUCAGAAAUUGUUAAGAAAGUGAAAAUCGGUGAUAGUGAUACCAAACUCUUUUCCAUGCAAAACAAUGGGCAUGCGGAAGACCUUUUGAAAGGACUUCUUCUACAGGAGAAACUCAAAGAAAAAACCCAAUUGAAUACCGAUCAAGAAAGGAAAAUAAAUGAAAAAAUCAAUCUUGGACUUUCUUUAGGUGGGAUUUACUGUGACAAUUCCUACGAAAAACCUCUAUUGUCAAGGUCAUCAUCCGUUAUUGGAGUUUUAAACCCAAAAAAGGAUAAUAAGCAAUUUGAGUCAUUUCUUUCAUUGGCUCGGUCUUGCUCUGUUCCUACAAAGAUAGAGCAGAAACAGAGCAAACCUACUUCGAUGGCUUUGCCUAGAACGGAAAUUGAUACUGCUGAAGGUUUGUUUAUAAGGCAGAGGAAUAGAAAGGGAGUUAAUAAAAGAGAGAAAUCUCCUGAUAGAGAACCAAUGCCUUCUUCACCUUCUAAAGUUGCUGCAUGGGCUGCUGCUUCUGCUGCUAAAAGUCCUGCCUUGUGCCGUGCCCUUGCUCAAAUCAAGAGACAGGUCUCUUUGAAACCCAGUAGAAAACUUGAAGAUGGAAUAAAUUUCCAUGCAGCCCAAGAAAGUCCGAUCACAGAGGGGGGCACUACCCAUUUACAGUCAUCACCAGCAGAAGAGUACAUAGAAACCAGGGCCAUGCCAUGGACAAAUGCAAAUGGAAAGUCAAUGGAUACUUCCGAAACCAAACUCGAAAAUCCGCCAAAAAAGAUGAAACUUCUGAACGAUGGGUUCGAAGAUCAUGGAAUGGAUGUGAUGAAACAGAUGCCUACUGUGACAACUGUAGGAGAUGGCCCUAAUGGAAGGAAAGUAGAGGGGUUUCUUUACAAGUAUAGCGAAGGUCAAGUGAACAUAGUAUGCAUUUGUCAUGGCAGCUUCUUCUCUCCGGAAGAAUUCGUAAGGCAUGCAGGCUGUGAAGAUGUCGCCAACCCCAUGAAGCGUAUCACAGUCUCCUCUUCUUUUUCCUUUUAGUAGCCCCAAUUGGAUCGGGAACAAUGACAUACUUUGGAAUUAAGUACGUGAUAGGGAUUCUGACCCUCCUCUUCUCUACCAUAAAUACCCUUAGUUUGUUAUAAAAUAUCAUAUUUGCCUUUGCUUUGAACUUUGUAUGUCAUUAUGAAUGUUUUUUAUAAAAUAAAGACCUUAUAUUGAUUGUUGUU